CAGUCAUUGUGACAGUCCACGCAAACUCGCAUAGCCCGUUUGUUUUUGGGAAGGGACAGGGAGGCGUCUUCUCCUCUCCGUCUCCGUCUCCUCACAAAGUUCUUGCAGCUCUUCAUUCUGUGAUGGUAGUGAAGAAUAGUCUCUGAUUCCUGGCGGGCUGCUGCUGUGUUUGUGUCACAGAGCUGGAGAGCGAGGGGGAGGUGAAAGUUCACCAUGGCUUGGCCAUAUCAGGUGACAAUGUAGAAAAGUUUGGCUGCCUCCUCAGAUUAAACUUCUCAAACUCGGAGAAUGACAAGCGAACGGAAAUAUAACGGAGUGGACGGAGAAAACGAAGCGCUGUUGUUCGAUUAUUUUGAUGACGAUGAUGAUUUCGACACAUUCGAGGACGGAGACUGCGGCUGUGAAGAAGGAGUUGGACACUUCGAUAAACACUGCAGGAUUCCUGAGACUGUAUUUUGAGACUAGAAGUGUCCCUCAGUCUCACCAAACGCAGUUGAGAUUCCUCAGCUGAGAGCUAGCAAGGUCACAGUCUUCAAAUCAGCUGCAGCAUGUGAUAUGAAGGAGUGGAAUGCCACGAGAGGAUUUGCCCACAACUCCACACUCAUGCUCUCAUGUAAUAUGAUUCAGACUGAUGGGAUGAUGCUGGGCUUCAGUGAUCCGUUCAGCAGUGAGGUGAAACCUCGGAUCCUGCUCAUGGGCCUGAGGAGAAGUGGCAAGUCUUCCAUUCAGAAAGUUGUGUUCCACAAGAUGUCACCCAACGAGACUCUCUUCCUGGAGAGCACUAAUAAGAUUUGUCGGGAGGACGUUUCCAACAGUUCCUUUGUCAGCUUCCAAAUCUGGGACUUCCCUGGUCAGAUUGAUUUCUUCGACCCCACAUUCGACUAUGAGAUGAUAUUUCGUGGCACAGGGGCACUCAUCUUUGUCAUAGACUCUCAGGACGAUUACGUGGAGGCAUUGAGUAGACUUCACCUCACCGUGACAAGAGCCUACAAGGUCAAUCCUGACAUCAACUUCGAGGUCUUCAUCCACAAGGUGGACGGCCUUUCAGAUGACCACAAGAUUGAGAAACAGAGGGACAUACACAAACGAGCCAAUGACGAUCUAGCCGAUGCUGGUUUAGAAAGAAUACACUUAAGCUUCUACUUGACAAGCAUCUAUGAUCAUUCAAUCUUUGAGGCCUUCAGUAAAGUCGUGCAGAAACUCAUCCCUCAACUUCCCACCCUUGAGAAUCUGCUCAACAUUUUCAUAUCUAAUUCAGGGAUUGAAAAGGCUUUUCUCUUUGAUGUGGUCAGUAAGAUUUACAUAGCAACCGACAGCAGCCCGGUGGACAUGCAGACCUAUGAACUAUGUUGUGACAUGAUAGAUGUGGUUAUCGACAUCUCAUGCAUCUAUGGGUUGACUGGAGAUGAGGUGGGAACACCUUAUGAUAAAGAAUCCAUGGCCAUUAUCCACUUGAACAACACUACGGUCAUGUACCUAAAAGAGGUCACCAAAUUCCUUGCCCUGGUGUGUUUCCUCAGAGAAGAGAGUUUUGAGAGGAAAGGACUUAUCGAUUACAAUUUCCACUGUUUUAAGAAAGCCAUAGAAGAGGUGUUUGACGUGCGCUUGAAAGUGCAGAGGAGUCGGAAGCUUCUGAGCCAGAGGAGGUGGAGCAGGCAGACCGUGCCAAACGGGACUCAGGUGUAUCCUCACUGAAGAGCACUGAAAGCCCUCCAUCCUGUUACAGUGACUCCAGAGUGACGGCUUCACACAGACUUCGCUUGUGCUUUCAAUCGUCUUCAGGGCCACCUGCUGCUCUUCAACGAUCCAAAAUGGAAAAAAUAUAAAAAAUAUACAGUGGAUUCUGUUGUGCAUUUAAUAUCUUGCACGGCUAACUUAGCCGUUCAUGCAAAGUUCGUAAAGUAAGUAACUUUUUUGUUGUUUUUUUCAUUAAUACAGUAUUUUUACGCAAAAUCAAUCAACUGUGCUACAGUUUUCCACAAAAACAUGGUAAAAGUCAUUUCCAAAGUCACGAAUGCAAGAUCAUACAGUAAUUUUGCCACAUUUGUACAGUAGGUCACAAACAUCUAAUUUAACUUCAAAAUACAUUUUAAAACAAGAAAGUGAUUUUUUUUAACAUUCAUUUUUUUUUGUUGAAAUAAAUUAUUGCCCAUUUAAAAUUGUGAUUUAAGUUUCUCAGCAGCUUUUUUAGGGCAAUUUACUGUACUGUUCUUUUUUUUCAAUAAUAUAUAUGUAUUUUUUUUUACCUUGAAAAGAUUCUGUGCUAAAGGUCACAAGUGCUCAUACUUUUGUCACAUGUUUAGGGCAUGGACAUCUGUUAUCUUCUAUAUACAUUGUAAAAAAAGAAUAAUAAUAUUAAUAGUAAUAUUAAUUGCUUAAAAGUAAAAAUUAGAAAAUAUUUUUUUCCCCUUUGAAGUCAUAUUUAUUUUUAUUACCUCUAUAGAAGAUUUUUUAUCUGAUUUGAUCUUAUGAUAUUUUUUUGUCUGUUCAUUUCAUUAAAAUUGUUAUUGAAGCAUGUCAGCUUCUUUAAAUGAACAAACAAGCAUAUGAUUGGUCGAUUUGCAUAUACCAGUGGUUCUCAGUCAAGGAGAUGGGACCCGGGACCCAUUAGAAGACUUCCGCAAACUUCCAAGGGGGCACAAGAUGACUUAAAAUAAUUCAAGUGAAUUAUUAUUAUAAUACAAAUAAUAGGCUAUUAAUAGUUUAAUUUAACAACUAAUGCUAUUUCUUUAUUUCCCCCCUCAAUAACUAUUUAUACAGUAGUGUCUGUUUGCAAAAAGGUUGAGAACCACUGGCAUGUACAUUUGCCAUAUUGUAUACAUUUUAUUUGUUAAAAAAAUUAAAAGGAUUUUGUAAAAAAAUAAAAAA